GCAUGAUCGCUGUCUCUCUCUCUCCCUGUCGUUGCACAAACGGCGAUAUCUGUUUCUCUAUUUAAGCGCACUUCUGUGCCACACGGCGCUCAGUUGUGAAUUCGACAACACCGUUGAAAGAGUGACCGAAAGAACGUGCCACGCUUGAAGAUUUUUUACGUAGUUCAUCCGCCCCGUUGCCGACGCCGCCGCCGCCGCCACCGACGCGACGCGACACGCCGCUCAGAGGCGAUCCCACUGUGAAUAUAAUGCGCGCUUUUGUUUAUUUCAAAAUAAAAACCAUUUUUGCCUUUCCCACCACAAAAAGAACGCAUUUCUGAUCAAGAGCCGCAAAAGUGGGCAAAAUAUUGUAUCAUAAAAAAUAAAAAAAUAAAGUUCCGUUUUGUUGUGUGUUUCAAGUUUAUCGGUGGAGAAACCUGCCCCACACACACGCUCCACAUACCACCACACUCGCAUAACCAUAAUCCAACGAUAUCGUCAUCCGCUGCUGCGACAUCCGACAGUAUUAAAAGUAUUAAAUUCAAAAAAAGUGCUCGAAUCUACUAUUGUUUUCAAAGUUCUGUGACCACUGUUCCAUUUGAAAGAACAAGAACAACUGUGCCACCACAGCAGCGCUCUCUGACAGAAAGCGAGAGCUUUUGUUGUAGCUGUCAAAAGGAGUUGUCAAACGCCAACGCAACUGUUGCUGGGCCGUGACGUUACCUUAGCUGCAAAUUUACAUAGUGUUACACAACUCGAAGGGAGGUCCACACGUGUUUGGACUGAAAUAUUGGAACGCCUCAACAUUUGUACGCAAUUUUUUGUGGCAAACAUGAAGCGUCUGAUGACCUGGGAGCGUGAUCUGGUGGAUGCCAUGUACGAGUACCGGCAGACACGUUUCAGCUCGAGGCGUGUCCGGAAACGUGUGGUGUUCAAGCAUGGCGAAUGCAACGUGGUGCAAGGCAAUGUGGCCAAGAGGCGUCGUCGAUAUCUGCAGGACAUCUUCACGACAUUGGUGGAUGCUCAGUGGCGCUGGACGCUGCUCGUUUUCGCCGCCAGCUUCGUCAUUUCGUGGGCCUUCUUUGGGUUCAUCUGGUGGAUCAUCGCCUAUGCCCACAACGACCUGGAGUACAUCAAUUUGAGGGACAAGCAACCCGAUCUGGUGGCCAAUAUGACGCACACGGUGUGCGUGACGGAGGUGAAGAGCAUCAUGACCGCCUUCCUCUACUCCGUGGAGACGCAGACGACCAUCGGCUACGGCAAUCGCUACGUGACGGAGGAGUGCCCGGAGGCCAUCUUCACCAUGUGCAUCCAGUGCAUCACGGGCGUCUUCAUCCAGGCCUUCAUGGUGGGCAUUGUCUUUGCCAAGCUGUCGCGCCCCAAGAAGCGCGCACAGACGCUGCUCUUCUCGAGGAACGCCGUUAUCUGUCAUAGGGAUGGUGUGCCCUGUCUGAUGUUCCGCGUGGGUGAUAUGCGCAAGUCCCACAUCAUCGAGGCGCACAUCCGGGCGCAGAUCAUCCGCAAGAAGGUGACCAAGGAGGGCGAGGUGCUGCCGUUCUACCAACAGGAGCUGCACAUAGGCGCCGACGGGGGCGAGGAUCGGUUGAUGUUCAUCUGGCCCACCACCAUUGUCCACAAGAUCGAUCGGAACAGCCCACUGUACAUGCUCUCCGCCUCGGAUAUGCUGAAGGAACGCUUUGAAGUGGUCGUCAUGCUGGAGGGCGUCAUCGAGUCCACUGGCAUGACCACUCAGGCGCGCAGCAGCUAUCUGCCCUCGGAGGUGCUGUGGGGCCAUCGCUUCGUCAAUGUGGUAUCCUUCCGCAAGGAGACCGGCGAGUACGAGGUCGACUACACGCUCUUCAACAACACCUACGACGUGGACACGCCCCUGUGCAGCGCCAAACAGCUGGACGAGCUCAAGUCUGAGUACUCGAAGAGCGCCAAGAGCUGUCUGGGUGCGGCCCCGUUCCCGGAUCGCGCUCUCUCCGCCAGCCUGUUCCAGCGCAUUGCCUCCGCAGCAUCGGUGGACCAUCUGGAUCCGGCGAGUGACGAGUCGCUGGACUCGGGCCGCCUGCAGAUACGCUCCCAUUCCAUACCCAACGGCGUGCUGGCCAGCGAACUGGAGCCGCUGAACAACAACAAGCAUGGGGCGUCGUUCACCAUGGGCGGACUGACCAUUACGACGACGGCGCCCAGCAUACCCAACCUCUCAAGUAUUAACGAGAAGACCAACUCUGGUAAUUCCAUAAACAGCAGCAACUACAGCAACAACAACAGCCUGAGCACGCUGGCCAUAGGAUCGGGUUCGGGUUCGGGCUCUGGCAAUGGCAAUGGCAGUGCCCCAGCCACGAGUCCCAGCAAUGGCAGCAUCCGCAAGUCGAAUCCGCGUCGCCUGAGCAUCAAGCAGGACCAGCUGCCCAUAGAUUCCAUAUGUUGAUAUUAUUACAAGUAGAUGGAGGAGUAAGGAGAGAGGAGAGCCCUCCCCCUAGCCCCCAAUGUUGUAUUCUAUUUAAGUGUAGGCUCCUCUAAUCUAACUCUAACACUAACUCAAAGUAGAUUAAGCGAGAUGAUUCCCGUCAAAGCCAUAGAGCUGAUGCAGCUGUGAAACUUUCCCCGUAAAUCCUGACCAUGCUGAAGCGGAGGCAAUUUGAUUGCUUCCCAAAGAACUAAUAACGAACGUAUAAACGAUUGUACUAUGUAUAGCCUAAUGAAUGAUGAAUGAUUUACGUUGAUGAUAGCUUUAGUUGUAUUGAAUUUACUAUAAUUAAGCUAAAACAACAUUGAUAUUACCGCAGAGUACGAUGUGAGACACAGAAACCAAAAUGCUGCAACUUCCUCGUAAGCUUAGACCACUAGAAAAAUGUUUAUAAAGCUCAUUAUACAUAAAUAAA